AUGGCCUUCUCCUUCGCUGCUGCUGCGCAGCCACAGGCCCAGGCGCAGCCUACAACCUCUCUGUUUGGUGCCAACCAGGCUGCGUCGACCAGCACGUCAUCGCCGUUUGGCGGAUUUGGAGCGGCUGCGAACACGCAGCCUGCGGCGAGCGCUCCGGCGGGUUUGGGCUUGUUCGGUGGCGCAAACAAUGCUGCUGCCGGAAGCAGCACGAGCCUCUUUGGGCAACAGGCGAAGCCUGCGGGCGGCCUGUUUGGUUCUGGGACGGCAGCUCCCGCAUCGACACCCACCGCGGGGGCGGGGUGGUUCGGCUCUAACGCGGCCCCUCAGAGCACGGGCGGUGGGUUGUUUGGAUCGACGGGGGCACAACCUCAACAACAGCCAGGCGGCCUGUUCGGAUCGGGACAGCCCCAACAGCAGCAGGGUGGUGGUCUCUUUGGAUCAGCAACAGCGCAACCUCAGCAGCAGAGCGGUGGCCUGUUCGGGUCGACGGGGAACGCGCAGCAGUCAGGGGGGCUGUUUGGGCAGACUGCUCAGAAGCCCGCGGGGGCAGGGCUGUUUGGGUCAACCACAGCGCAGCCAGCAGCAGGAGGCAGCCUCUUCGGAUCUGCCACGCAGCCGCAGCAGGCAGCAGGUGGUCUCUUCGGCGCGUCUACCGCACAGCCUCAGCAGAGCAGUUUGUUCGCACCCAAGCCAGCAGGCGGCCUAUUCGGCUCAACCGCGCAGCCACAGCAGCCGACGGGCCUGUUCGCCUCUACGACCCAGCAGCCUCAACAGAACAUGUUUGCGUCGACGUCGCAGCCUCUCGCGCAGUCCACUGCCCCACCACAGGGGCAGGACAUUGAGAGCCGGAUCGUGACCAUCAAGAACGCUUGGGACGACAACAGCCCCGACUGCCGCUUCAAGUACUUUUUCUACAACGUUGUCGACCCCGGCACGUCGCAGGCGUACGGACGGCCUAUUUCUGCGACGGACGACUCGAAGUGGUUGAGAGCUAUGCGUGACAACCCGGACCCACAAAACAUGGUGCCGGUGCUAGCGACAGGGUGGAAGGACGUGAAGAAGCGUGUCGAGAUGCAGGAGCAGGCGGCGAGCGUGCACCAGCAGCGGAUCAAGGAGCUGAACCAGGCGCUGGCGAACCUCUCGCGCCAAACCUCGCUGUCUUCAAGCGUGCGCCUGCAGGCACUGCAGGCACAGCUCGCGCAGUUGACACAGCGUCUGUUGGCGCUGGCGGCGAAGAGUCCUUCGUUUGCGCCUGUGCAGAGCUCGGCGUUCCGUCCCGAGGAGGGCGAGAUGAAGCAUACCCUCGAGGAAGUCAAAGACGCGCUGGACGGGCGGACGAAGCCGUCGCGCGGGGUGGGACUGGGCACGCAGCGGUCGGCGACCAAGGGCCGCAUGUUGGGCCAGGUUAAUGAGCUUUGGGGUCUCGUGGAGGAGGUGCGGCGCCAGCGGCGCGCGCGGGGCCACGACGCGCAGGUGUGGGCGGGCGACGAAAAGCUCCUUACCGAGAUUGCGAUUGUGCUCGACCAGCAGCAGGCGGCGCUUACCAAGCUGAGCGGGCUGGCGAGCGACAACGUGUUUGAUGCGGACGUUAUGCGCGAGGGACUUGCGGCGGUCGAGAAGAAGUAG